UUUUUUUUUAACUGAGGCUUUCGGGACGGCGGCGGGAAGAUGGCGACCCACAGGGACAGGCUUGGAGUGGCAGAGGCAGAGGGCAGUGCAAGCGGCGCGGGGAGCGCGGGAGUGGAGGUCGUGCUUCUCUCCGAUCCCGCCACCCCCGCGCCGCUGUGCCCUCACGGACCCACUCUCUUGUUUGUGAAGGUGAACCAAGGCAAAGAAGAAACGCGGAGGUUUUAUGCCUGCUCCGCCUGUAGGGAUAGAAAAGAUUGUGAUUUUUUUCAAUGGGAAGAUGAAAAGUUGUCAGGAGCCAGACUUGCUGCCCGAGAAGCGCGCAACCAAAGAUGUCAGCCGCCUCUGUCCCGAACACAGUGUGUGGAAAGGUACUUGAAGUUCAUCGAGUUGCCACUGUCUGAGAGAAAGUUUUGUCAAAGCUGUCAGCAGCUGCUGUUGCCGGAGGACUGGGAGGGGCAUCAGGAGCACCGGGUCAUGGGGGACGUUUCUACCACCCAGUUAAGAAGGCCCAGUCGGCUCCUCUCUCCACUGGAAAAUAAGAAGACGAAUGCCCAGUAUUUGUUUGCUGAUAGGAGCUGUCAGUUCUUGGUAGACCUGCUUUCCACCCUUGGGUUCAGGAGAGUGCUGUGUGUUGGAACACCACGGUUGCAUGAGCUGAUCAGGUUGAAAGCAUCAGGUGACGAGAAGUCUAACAUUAAAAGCCUCUUAUUGGAUAUUGAUUAUCGGUAUUCACAGUUUUAUAUGGAAGAUAGCUUUUGCCAUUAUAACAUGUUUAACCAUCACUUCUUUGAUGGAGAGGCUGCCCUUGAAGUGUGCAGGACAUUCUUACAGGACGACAAAGGUGAAGGAGUCAUCAUGGUGACAGACCCUCCUUUCGGUGGCCUGGUGGAACCUCUGGCCGUUACAUUCAAGAAGUUAAUUGCUAUGUGGAAAAAAGGUCAAAGCCAAGAUAACACUCACGAAGAACUACCCAUUUUCUGGAUUUUCCCCUAUUUUUUUGAAUCCCGAAUUUGUCAGUUUUUUCCAAGCUUCCGCAUGCUGGAUUAUCAGGUAGAUUAUGAUAAUCAUGCACUUUAUAAACAUGGAAAGACAGGUCGGAAACAGUCUCCUGUGCGUAUUUUCACCAACAUUCCUCCCAGCAGAAUCGCCCUUCCGGUGGAGGAAGGGUACAGAUUUUGCCCUUUGUGCGAGCGAUACGUUUCCUUGGAGAACCAGCACUGCGAGCACUGCGGCUCUUGCACUUCCAAGGACAGUAGGAAAUGGAACCAUUGCUUCCUCUGCAAAAAGUGUGUAAAGCCUUCCUGGGUCCACUGCAGCACUUGCGGUCGCUGUGCUCUUCCCGAUCAUUCUUGCGAGGGCCCCAGAGACGGCUGCUUCGUUUGCGGCGAAUUAGAUCAUAAACGCAGUGCUUGUCCUAAGAUCUCUGCCUCCAGGAAAGCUAACAAAGCUGUCAGAAAGCAGAAGCAAAGGAAAAGUAAUAAGAUGAAAAUGGAGACCGCUAAAGGACAGUCCAUGAAUCAUACGUCUGUUCCAAAGAAGAAGAAAAGGAGAGAAAGAGUCCAUCAAUAUCUUUCCUCUUAAAUGUCCAGUGACUUGAGAAUAAGAGAGAUUUAUAGCCCAACCUUUGAUGUCAUUUUCGGAAAGUGCCCUGCUGGACUUACAUUCUGUCACUUUCAGAGGUGUGCACCUUUCUGAGCUACAUAACAGGCAGGUGGUAUUUGCUAGUUUAUAGGCCCCACGGCGGUAUCUCUGGGGGCCAGGGGAGCUGCCCCAUCCCUAGCGGGUUUGCUGGCUCUGUCUCUGUGUCUCCUUCCUCUCUUUCAGUCCCUUCUGAUCGUGUUACUUCAGCCUCUUUUAUCUGACAAGUGGGCAUGGAGCGUUCUUUUGCAGAGUCAGAAGAAAAUGAAAAUGUGAAGUUUUAUUCAUAUAAGAAUAUGUUAAGAUAAGUGUUUUAAAUUAUAUAUUAAAAUACUGUACAGUGGCUUAAACCCCACUUGUAAAGAGAAUUACAAUGACAGUUAUUUUUAGACAGAAUCUGAAAAUGAUGGAAAGAAUUUUGACAAAGGUUGUCUAAAAGAUACAGAGAUUAUAAUGAUGGUCACAUUAUUAUUAAAUAUUUAUUUUUCAAGUA